GUAGAUUCCACACACAGAGGCAGCGCAGGUGCACGUUCGUCCAAGCAAGAUCAACAUCAGCAGCCGAGAAUUUCCGCUUAUUUUAAGGCAUACUUACUAAGUAUAAUUUAAUCGAAGAAACAAUAUCUGUAAACAUAAAAACACAAAACAUUUAGGUGUCGUCAAGUAUUGCUUUUUUACAAUCAUCACAGUCAUUUUUUCAUCGAUAAUCAGACAAAUUCAGUCACAAGCAGUUAUGCCUCGCCACGACCUGCCAGUGAGGAUGACGACGGUGGUGAUGGCGGUGGUGAUGAUGGCCGUGGGGGUGCCCUGUGCCCUGGAUCCUGACGCCGACCUCACGUUCAGCACCGAAUUAUCUCCGGACAAAUUCCACGUCUCGUGGGCGUUCGACAGCGACCAGAUCGUCCUGGAGGCUCGGGUUCGCACCCUGGGCUGGGUCGGCCUGGGGCUGAGCUCCACGGGGAUGAUGGCCGGCUCUGACGUUGUGGUCGGGUGGGUGGACAGCGCAGCCGCUACCCACCUCGUGGACGGACACAUCGAGGGGGAGCGGAGCCUGGUGCGGGACGCGAGCCAGGACUACAAACUCGUGCGGCUCAGCGAGAACGGCACCCACACGGUCAUGCGCGUGGUGCGCGCGCUGCGCACGUGCGACGCCAACGACAGGGACAUCACCGAGGACACUGUGCACAUGAUCUGGGCCUACAGCACCGAUGACCCAAAGAGCGAGACUCAGAUCCUGUACCACGGUGUGGUCACGCGGGGCUCCAAGAGCGUCCAGCUUCUGAGCAACGGAUUUCCCACCGAGCAGCCCCUGCCUCAAGAACACAGCUUCAUUGACCUGACAUUUGACAAGUACACGAUCCCGGCCGUCUCCACAUUCUACGCGUGCAAGCUCGUCUCUCUGCCCAAGCUCAGCAAGAAAAAUCACCUCAUCAAGGUGCAGCCCAUCGUCCAGGCCGGCAACGAGGCGUUCGUGCACCACAUUCUCGUGUACGUGUGCCUGGACAACGUGAACGUGUCCCACGUGGGAGUCACGCACCAGUGCUACCACCCCAACAUGCCCGACUCCUUCUCCACCUGCAGCUCCGUGCUCGCCGCGUGGGCCAUUGGCGGCGGGACGUUUGACUACCCCCCCGAGGCCGGGUACUCGCUGGGAGCGCAAGGGGACCCCAAGAUGGUCCUGAUCGAGAUGCACUACGACAACCCCGGGCUCGUGUCAAGGGUGAAUGACAGCUCCGGCCUCCGCUUCUACAUAACACCGGAGCUGCGUGCAUACGACGCGGGGGUAUUGGAGACCGGCCUCGACGUACAGAUCAUGCACUUCGUCCCGCCCGGAGCCCCCUCCUACACGAACUACGGCAUCUGCCCCACUCGGGGCUUCGCCACCGUUGGCCCGGACGGAGCCGCGCUGCCGCUCCAGGGAGCGAUGUCGCGACCCAGGCGUGUGGCGCCCGGCAGAGAGGCGACGCAGAGCGGAGAGAUGAAGGUGUUUGCUACGAUGCUGCACGCUCACCUGCUGGGCAAAGCCGUCCAGGUGCGGCACUACAGGGACGGCAAGCAGAUCAGCGACCUGGGUCGUGACAUGGGCUACGACUUCAACUUCCAGGAGACGCGCUACCUGAAGAAGCUCGUUUCCGUGAUGCCCGGCGAUUCCAUUAUCACAGAGUGCCUCUACAACAGCAAGGAACGAUCCAAUACAACCACGGGUGGGCUCAGCACCCAGGAGGAGAUGUGCCUCGGCUUCCUGCACUACUACCCCAAGGUGAACGUGUCGCGCUGUCUCAGCAUCUAUGACAUGACGCAGGUGGCACCCGCCUUCGGAUACACCGUCAUGCCUAGCUACCCACACCUGAUCAUAACCCCUGUGGAGGACAAGUUGAAGCCGAUCUUCUUUGUCUACGACAAAGUGAACUGGACAGAGCAGACUAUUCGCACCGUGGAAAUGGCGGCGCGCACGGCCGAGCAGUACGCGGUGCACGCGGACACGAAUGGGUUCCAGUCCUUCCCCGGGCAGAGAAUCCCCGAGAUCCCUGCGGACCCCGAAGCGCCCCCCUGCAACCCCACGACACCUACCACGAAACCCACCACGACACCUACCACGAAACCCACCACGACACCUACCACGAAACCCACCACGAGACCUACCACGAAACCCACAACGAAGUCCGGAGAUAAGGGGGCAGCCCCGAGCGUGCACCCCCACGGGACCUGGCUGCACCUGCUCCUGACACUGCCCAUCGCGACCCUCGCUCUGCUGUCUGCGGAGUCUUUCCUCGCCUAACUCACGAAGUAAAGGAGCUCAAGAACUGCCAUGACAAUUAGAAAUGUAAUAAUUCACUGACUGAGUAAAAUGGAUGUUCAUGUUCAUGCAACAAGCAUUGGCUUUUAUGUAACGACAAUAAAGUAUGUCCAAUUA